UCCCUGACCUCAAAACCCUAAACCCUAUUAAUCUCCUUCAUUUCCCAGUUGCCGCACUCCAUAAGAAUAUUAAAGACGUAGGGAGCUAUCACUCGCGCUCUUCACUCUCAACUGCACCCACAAAAAAAAAAAAACAGUUACAGCAAAAACCCUAAAUCUCAACCAUGUCAGAGGUCGAGAUUUCCCGGUCGGAUAAGAAGAAGAAGAAGCACCGAGCCAAAGACGACAGCGUAUUGGACACCCAAAAGCAACUCAACAACGGCACCGACAACGACCCAACUCAAAACGACGCCGAUUUCAUGAUCAAGCCCCAGAGUUUCACACCCACCAUUGACACUUCCCAGUGGCCGAUCCUCCUCAAGAACUACGACCGCCUCAACGUACGAACCGGACACUACACCCCUCUCCCCUCCGGUCACUCUCCGCUUAAGCGGCCUCUCGUCGACUACAUCAGGUACGGCAUCAUCAAUCUCGAUAAGCCCUCCAACCCGUCUUCUCAUGAGGUCGUGGCCUGGAUUAAACGGAUCCUCCGGGUCGAGAAAACGGGUCACAGUGGUACCCUUGACCCGAAGGUCACUGGGAAUCUCAUCGUCUGCAUUGAUCGAGCCACUCGGCUAGUGAAAUCGCAGCAGGGUGCGGGAAAAGAGUAUGUCUGUGUCGCCCGGUUGCAUUCGGCUGUGCCGGAUGUGUCCAAGGUGGCUCGGGCUCUCGAAACCCUCACCGGUGCGGUGUUUCAGAAGCCGCCAUUGAUAUCUGCAGUCAAGAGACAGCUGAGGGUUAGGACUAUAUAUGAAAGCAAGCUCCUUGAGUAUGACCCAGAUAAGCAUUUGGUCAUUUUCUGGAUUUAUUGUGAGGCUGGGACUUAUGUUAGGACACUUUGUGUGCAUUUGGGUCUGAUUCUUGGUGUGGGUGGGCAUAUGCAGGAGUUGAGGAGGGUUAAAUCUGGGAAUUUGGGUGAGAAUAAUAACAUGGUUACUAUGCAUGAUGUUAUGGAUGCUCAAUGGGUUUAUGAUAAUCAAGGGGAUGAGAGUUAUUUGAGGAGGGUGAUUAUGCCGCUUGAAGUGCUUUUGACUAACCAUAAGAGAUUGGUUGUGAAGGAUUCUGCUGUGAAUGCUAUUUGCUAUGGAGCUAAGUUGAUGAUUCCUGGGUUGCUGAGGUUUGACAAUGACAUUGAGGUUGGUCAGGAGAUUGUUCUUAUGACUACUAAAGGAGAAGCUAUUGCGUUGGGAAUUGCUGAGAUGACAACGGCUGUGAUGGCGACUUGUGAUCAUGGUGUGGUGGCCAAGAUUAAGAGGGUGGUUAUGGAUAGGGAUACUUAUCCAAGGAAGUGGGGUUUGGGACCGAGGGCAUCAAUGAAGAAGAAACUGAUUGCAGAAGGGAAGUUAUCCAAGCAUGGCAAACCUAACGAGAAUACUCCUAAAGAAUGGUUGAGGAAUGUGGCUUUGCCCACCGGUGGGGAUUCUGUGGUUGCAGGCUUUGCUGCUGCAGCUGAACCUACUGACACUGCUGCUGUAGAGGAGGAGAAGAAGAAGAAGAAAAAUAAGGAUGGAGAAGAGGAUGAGGGGCGUAAACGGAAAUUGGAUGAAAGCACAGAUGUUCCUGCUCCUAAGAAAAGGAAAGGCGAAGAAGUUGAGACUGAGGGGAAGGAAGAUGUAGUGGAGGUAGAAGUUGAGAAGAAAGAAAAGAAGAAGAAGAAAAAGAAGGAUAAAGAGAAUGGUGAUGUGGAUUCUCCUGAUGUGGAAAAGUCUGAGAAGGUGAAGAAAAAGGAGCACAGAGAUAAAAGUGAAGCUGUUUCACCUGAUACAGAGAAGUCUGAGAAGAAGAAAAAGAAAAAGAAAAGCAAAGAAGCUGAGGUUGCUGUUGAAGACAUUGGUAAUGGUGAGGCUGAUAAGAGUGAGAAGAAGAAGAAGAAAAAGAAGCAUAAAGAUACAGAAGAAGAUUAGCUAAAGGGAUUAGGACUUUGAUACUUAAUUAGUAGAACUUUUUAAUGUAUCUUUGUCUCAUUUCUUCUUCUUUCAGUUUUUCUUCUUCUGUAAUUUUUUGACGCACUUCUUGGAACUAGUUUUUACAAUUUAGCUUUGUAUGGUUCUAUUUAAUCUUUGCUUGUUUGCUUUAUCUUUGAUUACUAAUGAAAAAUCUUAUGUUUUGUCAUUCUAA